UAUUUCUUCGAUUGAAGUGGUAAAGUAUCGCAGAGCUUGAAAGGAGAUGCUUUAAUGGCUCCUCGUCCGAGAGCCCGGAAAAGGGUUCUAGCGCCUCGUCGUGCUGCCGAUGGAAGCGCCUAUGAAAAAUGCGAUGAGUGUGGUGUUACGGUCGCCGUUGCUCUGUUUGAUAUGCACGAGUGUGGAGAGAAGAGAACGGAAGUGAAGAGAUUCAAGGGCAUUUCAUCUGCGACGAACAAAACAGAUGCUGUGAAUCAAAUCACUGGCCUCGAUGACCAACCCAGAUCGGCUUUUGUUUGCUUUGUGGAAGGUUUUAGGAAAUAUUUUGGAGGAAGCUUGGUUGAUGCUAACCGAAAGUGUUUCGAGAUAUGGAAGACAAUGCCGGCAGAGAGGAAAGAACCGUUUUUUAUUGAAGCUGCGGAGGUGAACUCUGCUUACCUCAGGAGAUUAGACGAUGAAUCCAAAAGUAGUUAUAAGGUAGACGACGAGGCUGAUUCAAGCAUGGUUGGAAAAUUCGACAAGUUCUAUGAGAACUACAACUAUGAAUAUGAAGAUGAAUACAGCGAGGAGGAAUAUGAUUCAUCUGAUAACUUUGGAUACACAAGAUGGUACAUUGCUCUGUUAGAGAUAUAUACAUAUUCAUAGAUACACAUGAACAAUAUAGUCUCUUAAUAGGAUUAGGAUUUGAUAACCUUGUUUAGUCUCCCGAUUCGAGUUAAUCUUCCAUGUGAAUAUAUACGUUAUUUCAUUGAAUGGAAAACUAACGCGUGAUUCCGCAAAUUUUGUCACAGGUUCUAUGAAUCAAAUACACUUAAUAUCUCUUGAAACUAUGUUCUUGGCUCUUCUUUUGCUAAUGUUCAGGAUUUUCCUCUGCUGAAACAGGGAUUUUGAUGCAUCAGAUGGGUAUUGAAGAAAAAUGGGAUAUAGGAGAGGGGCAUUGGGUCCCCCCCUCCCUUUCUCUCUCAGUUCUUAAGAAAGGCAAGUCAAUAUGUUUUGGCUAACAUAUACAUAUAUACAUAUAUAUAUAUAUGUAUGUAUAUAUGUAUGUAUUUGCAAAGGGCAAGUGAGUUUUUGUUAGGCAGAAGCACAGGGAAGUGGCCCAUCAACUUGUUUCUACAAUUUCUCUUUUUGGGUAGCAUGGCUUAUGUGGCCAAGGUUUAAGCGAUGCUCUGUUUCUUCUUUUGAUUUAAAACCCAUGAUUUUUUUUCUUCUGUGCCCUCUUAUUUGGUUUGGAUGAUUCACUAAAUUCCCUUGUCAACCUUAUUCUAACAUAGCCACAAUUUGGAGGCGCGUGCUAUGUGUCUUUCGUUGGUUUUCUUGGCUUUGUUUGGCAUCCAAGAAAAUGAAGGAAAGGAACAAGAAAUGGACCCAAAACCAUUCUUGAAUCCUUGGGCAAAGGGCAUCAUGGUGGUGGUGGGCUUCCGAAGAGAAUCAGAUUCCGAAAAGCAAAAAAUAAAAUAAAAUACAAGGAAGGUAGGUACUAUUUGAUCGAGUGGAGAACAUAACCAUUGUACAUGUUUAUGUUUUCUUAUUAUAAUCUCGUAUGUCCAUAUAUAUAUGCACAUACAUGAUAAACCUUUUCUCUACGUUUUUAAUUAUAAUUUUGCAUGUAUUUUAAUCCGAUGACAUUUUUAA